UUUUCUCUCUCAAAGCGAAGCAAAGGGAGAAGAGAGAUGGAAUAAACAGGCAUCUGUCCCUCAAUUCUUCCAAACCCUAAACCAUGUCACUACAAAAAACCAUAUUUACCCUUCUUCUUCCCUUCCAUAUAUGAACCAACCCUUUUCUUCUUACUCUUCUUCCAUUUCCAUUUCCAUUUCCAUUUCCCAUUUUUCCUCUCCAAGAAACCUUUCGAUUCCACCACAUUUCUCCUUGUUUUCUUUAACCUUCAUCAGAUUCCUUCCUUCAUCUUCCUUUACGGUCCUAAUCGCAGCCUACUGCACUUUAUGCUUCCCAGGAAGAGAGCUGGUGAAGAAGGUGUGGUUGUAGAAGGAGAAACUGAUAACGGUAGUACUAGCAUCGUCAAUAACAACAACAACAACAACAGCGUUCAGAACGUGGGUGCGUCUUUGAUCAAGAAGCAACGGAUCGAUUCCGAUUCCAAUUCCAAUUCUAACAGUAACGUUGCUGCUGUUGCCACCGCUGCCACCGUUGCUACCACUGCUAACGAUAUCGUGAACGACGCUGCAUCGUUGAUCAUGGCCUCGGGUAAUUCUAACCCGCCGGAUAUUGAUGAGGAUCUGCACAGCAGACAACUUGCUGUGUAUGGACGCGAAACUAUGCGGAAGCUUUUUGCUUCUAAUGUCCUCAUUUCUGGGAUGCAAGGUCUUGGCGCUGAGAUUGCAAAGAAUGUUAUUCUUGCUGGGGUGAAGUCUGUGACGUUGCAUGACGAAGGUGUAGUGGAGUUAUGGGAUCUGUCUAGUAAUUUUGUAUUCUCAGAGAGUGAUAUUGGUAAAAACAGAGCACUUGCCUCUGCUCAGAAGUUGCAAGAUCUCAACAAUUCUGUUAUUGUCCAUACCUUGACGACUAAAUUGGUGAAGGAACAACUUUCUGAUUUUGAGGUUGUUGUCUUCACUGAUACUGGCCUUGAUAAGGCUAUGGAAUUCAAUGACUUUUGCCAUAACCACCAGCCUCCUAUUUCAUUUAUCAAGUCUGAAGUUAGAGGGCUCUUCGGUUCAGUGUUUUGUGACUUUGGGCCUGAGUUCACUGUUUACGAUGUGUAUGGAGAGGAUCCACACACUGGAAUAAUUGCAUCCAUCAGCAAUGACAAUCCUGCACUCGUUUCCUGUGUUGAUGAUGAGAGACUUGAAUUUCAAGAUGGAGAUCUUGUGGUGUUCUCUGAAGUUCAUGGUAUGACGGAGUUGAAUGAUGGGAAGCCGAGAAGGAUUAAAAAUUGCAGGGCCUAUUCAUUUACUCUCGAGGAGGAUACUACAAACUUUGGUAGCUAUGAGAAAGGUGGGAUUGUCACACAGGUGAAACAGCCCAAGGUGUUGAACUUCAAGCCACUAAGAGAAGCAAUUAAUGAUCCUGGUGAUUUUCUCCUGAGUGAUUUCUCCAAGUUUGACCGUCCUCCUCUCAUACACUUGGCGUUCUUGGCAUUGGAUAAAUUUGUGACUGAGUUGGGUCGCCUACCAGUUGCUGGUUCUGAGGAGGAUGCUCAGAAGCUGAUCUCUGUUGCCAGUAACAUUAACGAGACUCUAGGAGAUGGGCGAGUUGAAGAUAUUAAUCCUAAGCUUUUGAGACAUUUUGCAUUUGGUGCCAAGGCAGUACUGAAUCCCAUGGCAGCCAUGUUUGGUGGUAUUGUAGCUCAAGAGGUUCUCAAAGCAUGCUCUGGAAAAUUUCAUCCACUUGUUCAGUUCUUCUAUUUCGACUCAGUGGAGUCACUUCCCACGGAAUCAUUGGAUGCCAGUGAUUUUAGACCCUUGAAUAGCCGUUAUGAUGCUCAGAUUUCAGUGUUUGGGUCUAAGCUACAGAAGAAACUGGAAAAUGCGAAAGUCUUUAUGGUGGGAUCUGGUGCUUUAGGUUGUGAGUUUUUGAAGAAUCUUGCACUUAUGGGAGUUUCAUGUAGCAACGAAGGGAAGCUGACAAUUACUGAUGAUGAUGUAAUUGAAAAAAGCAAUCUUAGUAGGCAAUUCCUUUUCCGUGAUUGGAACAUUGGGCAGGCGAAAUCCACGGUUGCUGCUUCUGCUGCUGUUGCAAUUAACCGACACCUUAAUAUUGAAGCUUUGCAGAAUCGAGUUAGCCCUGAGACUGAAAAUGUCUUUGAUGAUAGUUUUUGGGAGAAUUUGAGUGUCGUAGUUAAUGCACUAGACAACGUUAAUGCAAGGCUAUAUGUUGAUCAAAGGUGCUUAUACUUCCAGAAACCACUUUUAGAAUCUGGUACUCUUGGUGCUAAAUGCAAUACUCAAAUGGUCAUUCCUCACCUGACUGAAAACUAUGGCGCAUCAAGAGACCCACCUGAGAAACAAGCGCCCAUGUGCACCGUGCAUUCAUUUCCGCACAAUAUCGAUCACUGUUUGACUUGGGCUCGAUCUGAGUUUGAGGGCUUGCUUGAGAAGACUCCGACUGAUGUGAACGCUUAUCUAUCCAAUCCUAGUGAAUAUACUUCUGCAAUGAUGAAUGCUGGUGAUGCUCAAUCUAGGGAUACUUUGGAGCGAAUUCUUGAGUGUCUCGAUAGAGAAAGAUGUGAAACAUUUGAAGACUGCAUUACAUGGGCUCGUUUGAAGUUCGAAGAUUAUUUUGCCAACCGUGUAAAGCAAUUGAUAUACACUUUUCCUGAAGAUGCCGUAACCAGUAAUGGGGCCCCAUUCUGGUCUGCUCCAAAGAGAUUUCCUCAUCCACUGCAGUUUUCAACUGCUGAUCAAAGUCACCUUCAGUUUGUUUUGGCGGCUGCUAUACUAAGAGCAGAGUCAUAUGCCAUUUCAAUUCCUGACUGGAUUAAGAACCCCAGGAAAUUGGCUGAUGCAGUAGACAGAGUUAUAGUACCGGAUUUUAUGCCCAAAAAAGAUGCCAAGAUAGUGACUGAUGAGAAGGCAACCAGUCUCUCUACUGCAUCUGUUGACGAUGCUGCUGUUAUUCAUGACCUGGCAAACAAAUUGGAUGAUACUCGCAGGAAUCUACCAGAGGGAUUCAGGAUGAAACCGAUCCAGUUCGAGAAGGAUGAUGAUUCAAAUUUCCAUAUGGAUCUCAUAGCUGGGCUUGCUAACAUGAGGGCAAGGAAUUACAGCAUUCCUGAAGUAGAUAAGUUGAAAGCCAAGUUCAUCGCUGGAAGGAUUAUCCCUGCCAUUGCAACCUCGACCGCAAUGGCAACAGGUCUUGUCUGCCUCGAACUGUACAAAGUUCUUGAUGGGGGCCACAAGGUGGAGGACUACCGUAACACAUUUGCCAACCUUGCACUGCCUCUGUUUUCCAUGGCCGAGCCAGUUCCACCCAAGGUCAUUAAGCACCGCGACAUGAGCUGGACUGUCUGGGACAGAUGGAUCAUCAAAGACAACCCUACUCUCAGAGAACUUAUUGAUUGGUUGAAAAACAAAGGAUUGAAUGCCUAUAGCAUCUCAUGUGGUAGCUGUCUCCUAUACAAUAGUAUGUUCCCUCGACACAGAGAUCGAAUGGACAAGAAGGUAGUUGACUUAGCUCGAGACGUUGCAAAGGUGGAGCUGCCUCCGUAUCGUCGACAUUUGGAUGUUGUCGUGGCGUGCGAGGAUGAUGAGGAUAAUGAUAUUGACAUCCCGCUUGUGUCCGUUUACUUCCGUUAGGUACUCUUCUUCACCGGAUCAUUCUUCCGACCUUGGUCAGACUUUGUUUACAGUCUUUUUUAAAAGUUUAGUACUCUAGAGCUCAUGAGUAUUCAAAAAGAUUAAAUGGCCGGACACAGUUCAUAUAUUCAUACAUAAAUUUGGAAGAAACUAUGAUUUGUGCAAUAUAAAAUGUACCCUUCUCGUAUGGUUGGUUGGAGUUAUCUCCACCAAUCACUGGCUUUGGGAUAUUUGACUCCUCACGAAGAAAAGAUAAAAAGGAAAAAAAAUGUUUCUCUUUGCCAAUAUCUUUCCUAUUGUUUCCUUACUGUUCAUGAUAUCAAAGUUAUGAUAUCUUUGUAGUUUAAUCUGUUAGAAAAAGAUAAGUAUUUGUUUUCUUGUUGAGUUGCUUAUGAAUUCAUGUGUAUAAAUCUUGUAGGAUAAUAUAGUAAUUAUGUAUUAAACUUGUGGUUUA